GACGCGGCAGCCCCGAAGGCUGGGCCGGCGCACCCUCCGCCCCUAGCGAGUUGGCGCAGAUCCCGCCCCGCAGGGCCUUUGGCCGCGCUCGUAGGCGCGAGGGCCCCUCCCCGGGCCGCAGCCACAGAGGACGGCUUCUCCGGCAGGCAAGGCGGCCGGCCGGGCGCCCCCGCUACGGCCGUUGGUUUCCGCGGGAAGAGGCGACGCCGCGUUCCUCCUGCCCGCGCCGACGGCGAGCCGCGUGAUGACACCCGCCCCCAUGAGCGACGCGCACCGGCACUUUCUCCAGGCCUUGCUGGCCCUCGGCGUGGUGGAGGGGUCGGCGGCCGGCGCGCUGCAGCGCCAGUGCUGCGAGCUGCACCGAGUCUAUUAUGCACACGAUAAGUUGGAUGACUUCAUUAAUGUUGCGAAUGCUCAGCUACAGCCUUUGUUGAUGGAAGUCCGGAAAGGCCUUUCAGAAGAAAAUGGGGGAACAUACUAUGCUUUGGUGAACCUGGCUGAGACAGAAUUCACCAAAAUGGCCAGUGACUACUCUGAAAGCGAGCUGGAGUUGUUCAAAAAGACAAUGGAUCUUAUUGUAUCGUCUGGAAGUGGCUUUGCCUCCUCUACAGACAUCCUCAACUUGGCUGACCAGCUAAAGCCGAAGAAGAUGAAGAAGAAGGAGGCGGAGCAGGUGCUGCGAAGCCUGGUGCAGAACAAAUGGCUUUGUGAGCAAGAGGGGGAGUACACACUGCACAUACGAUGCAUCCUGGAGCUGGAGCAGUACAUCCUCUGCCACUAUCAAGGCUCUGUCCACAAGUGCCACGUGUGCCACUGCCUUUGUAUUCAGAGUCAAGUGUGUAAGGACUGUGGGAUCGCCAUGCACUUGCCCUGCCUUGCCAAAUACUUUGGAGCACAAGCAGAACCUCGCUGCCCUCACUGCAAGCAGCUUUGGCCUCGCUGGAUGCUGGACACCAGCACUGCAGGUCUUCGUCUGCCAUCACACACGCCAAAGGAGAGCAGGAGGACCCCCACAAGCACCCGGCAGCGCUAGAGGCCCCUGGGCAGACUCAGAUCGACGACUGCGUCCUGGAGGAGCGGCAGUGCAGCUGCAAUGUUGACCUGCCAGCAGCAAGAAUUGCAGUACCGUUCCUUGACCUUGGAGUUUGAAAUAUAUGUCUUUUACACCAUG